GAAUGCUCAGUAUCUAAUUGACAAUGUUCUUACUCAAAUUAUCAAUUCUGAUGAGUUUGAGAAAUCCAAACAACAAAAACAAAAGUUUGCAAUUCAUUUUGAUAAUUCAAGAGUUCACAAAAGUCAUAAGGUAAUGAAUUACUUGGUGGAAAACAAUGUCAAAGUUGUUCCAAACCCAAUUUAUUCACCUGAUAUUGCACCCUCUGACUUUUAUUUAUUCGGCACGCUAAAAAAGAGAGCUGAAGGACGCGAAUUCGCGAGUCCAGAUGAUCUUGAAAAUUUUGUAAGAGAGCAAUUUGAGCAAUUUUCGCAUGAUGAUUUAAAGCGUGUCUUUCAAGCCUGGAUCGAUCGCUGCGAACGCGUGAUUGAAUCCAAUGGUGAUUAUAUUUAA